AUGCGCUGUCGAGAAUUCCCGUAUUUGAAACUCACCCCCUUCUCGGGAACGGUGAGCGCUGACACUGCGACCUUCCCUAUUAAGGAGCUCACGCAGCGCAUGAUGGACUAUGACAGCGACGUGAAGCGACGACGAAAAAUCGGCGUCGCGAUUGUGAAUCUAUCCACGCACACAGUGUGCGUGCGAAAGAUCGCGCUUGUCAAUGGCUCUUCCUGGGAGGGCUCGGUACCGUCUCAGGUCGUGGAAUCGCACACCGCGUUGUUGAAAUUUUACACUAACCAAGACUGGGAUCCACGCGGCGCCGAGGGAUAUUACAUCUUAGAACUGCGCAAUACAAACGAUAAUCCUCUUGUUGAAGUCUACUACGUUCGCCUACAAUUUGAGAUAAGCGCUUUGAACAAAUUAGGUAUCGCCAUCGUGGCAUCGCCCACGUCUAGAAAAUUAAGGAAAAUGUCCCUGACGCCCAAGGUGCCGGACUCCCUCGAGUUCGAUGUGAACUUAGAUAACGGGUUAUUUUUCUCGCUUGACGUGCGGAUAGUUAAAAAGUUCAAGACUAUCCAACUCCGUGUGCACGACUUUGUCGAGCGUCAGAUUGAUAACCUGGUGGUGCAGACCCAGGCUAAGCUAACCGUGGGGGUGUGCGGCUACACCACCAUUUUCGAUCCCCGGCGUCCUUCUCAGGAUCAGCAGGUAGCUUUGUGGAAAGACGCGUCAAAAGAUCUAAGUUUGGUGAGCGGGAGCGAGACCUACGUCGUGCAAUGGGAAGACGAGUACCUUGACCGUUUUGGCAAGAGUAUCGAUCUUGAGUUCGAUAUCACCGACCACGUCAGUAAAAAGGCCUUUGGCAAAGUGAAAGGACUCAUCAAGAAGCAGUUGCUGCAGGGCUCGAUUUUCAGUGGAUUUCGCGCCUUCAAAUCGCUCAUGGGCUCGAUGUAUAUCCCCAGGUAUGUCAUCCAAACAUUCAGCGCGAUUGACAACUCCUACGCUACGCUGUCAAAUCGUGCCGUAUUCACAGGGAUCGAUUUGGCGAAAGCAUUAUUAAACAAAAACAUCGGUUACCGACCGGUAACCCUCAUCGGGUUCAGCUUUGGCUGCAAAGUUGUGUGCGAAUGUCUUUUGGAACUCCAUCGCGUGAAGGCUUUGAACCUUAUUGAUAACGUCUUUUUGAUGGGUGCCAUGGUACCUGUGGAUACGGAUGUAUGGAUGCAGAUGCGCGAAGUGGCUGCAGGGAGGCUGAUAAAUCUCUACACACGCGGAGAUUGGAUUUUAUGGAUGAUGUACAGGGUAAACGAAACGGAUCUGAAGCCGAUGGCUGGGAUCUCCCCGGUCAACCUCCCGGGAAUCGAGAACAUUGACGUGACGCCAAUCGUGGAGAAGCACCUUGAUUAUGCUUUCAAACUGCAGGAUGUGCUGAAACUCAUCCCCCUGCAACCGACGGAGGAGACGUGGAGUAAAAAAGGCAUGCGCGGCUCGCCCGGGGUUAUUAUGUCCUUAUUGAAAUGCGAGGAAACCAUGAAAAACAUGGGAAAUUCGCUUGUUUCCAUCUUUUCCUCGACUCCGUUCUGCGUUCUGUCCCUUCUCAACAACUUCGUCUCGGAUAACGUUAGCUUGGGGGUACCAUUGGAAUUGCUUUCGUCUUCUCUUCAUAACUCCUUUUUUGACUUCCGGCCGCCACAAUCUGUGCCGCCGUUGAGUGCUGGUGUGUUUGGAGCCAUUGGGGAGUCCGGUGUGAACUGCAUCGGGGGCGCCAUAUCAUAUAUAGUGCGCCUAAAUGAGUUUUCGGCGUAUGAUAUCAUGCUGAUUAUAUUUUUCUAUGUUGAUAAGAAGUCCAACCCGAGCAUGGCGGUGUGCCCCAGGUUGGUGAUACGGCAGGAAUCGGACCAGGAGUCAAGUGAAGCGGCUAAGAAGCGGCUUUGUACUAUCGCCUCAGAGGCCUUCAAGGACCUUGAAGAGGUUCGCAAAAUUUGCAACUCCCAAACCGCGAUGCACGCUAGUGUAAAAACGAUAAUAACUCAACCCGUUAAAGUUCCUAUGCAUUCCUUCUUUACCGAUGGACAUAACCAGGCAACGGUGUUCAUCGAUCUCGAGAGAAUGUCGGAUGGAAUCUCUAUAAGCGUUCGUGCGUUGCUCACCAAAACGUCCUCGCAGCCUCAGCAGGAGCACUUCACAGGGGAGGUAUUCCAUUCCAUCUAUGACAAUCAACUUAUCACCGCUGCAGGGGGAGAGAUGCCUACUGUGGCAGAAAUUUACUCUAUUGACGAAUUAAAUAAUAAAUUGGCGGAAAUUGCCUUGAAACUAUACGGCAAACAAACGGAGGGCAGGUCAAAAACUAAGGAAAGUGACAGUAUAAUCAAAGUACUAAGGGCUGAGUUACCUAGCGUAGAACCAACCAUUAUUCCUGUGGUAAUUUCUAACCGUAGUAAUGUACCGUUGCACUUUAUCGAGCCUGAAAUCACAUCAGAGGACGAUUCCAGGUUUGGGGAUUUGGAUUUAGGCGAUGUCGCUGAAUUCAUCCAUCCCGAUGUUGUUUCAUCACCCUGUCUGUGCGCCCCGCCGCCAACGAUACCGCCAGAUUCCUUCUGCGUUGUGAUUUUCCGCAAUUCAGAAAAGGAACCUUCUUUUUCUGUAAACUAUGCGACCGCCCACGGGUCCUACGUUUUUAACAUCUAUACAGCUACCCCUGCGGAGGUUACUGCAGAUAUUAAAAAGGAUCCACAGCUGGUGAAGUGCAAUCGUCUGUCGGGCAAAGAUGACAAAGACUCUCUUUCUACAUCUACAACAACUGUAGGUGAUAUAGUCUUCCAUAUGGUAUCUUUGGACGUAAAAACGGAUGAAGAAGUGAGCACACCGACAAGCUUUGGCAACCUUUCAAUGAGUAAAUUGUUUGACUCAAACGGUUGGUAUAUAGUUUAA